AUAAGGUUGUGAGUUUCUUCUGAGUUAUGCCAAGAUAUGAUGGCUUGAGUACUUCUUCGUUUCAAGAAAAGAAGAUACAAAGUUGGUAAUGGUUUUCGAUAGCUAAUUUUGAAGAAAGAUAUAUAGUUGGCGAAUUAACCUCGAUGCGCAUGCUGGGUUUCUGAAAUGAAUUUUGAGAGAUGUAUUCAGAAAGAAUAUGGUGAGUAAUGAUCAUUUUGGUGUUUCAACCCGGAUUCUGGUAAUGGCAAUCGUCCUAUCUGUGAUACUGCUUUUUGGGGGUGUAGUGCUCCUGGUUCUAAUCCAUGUUUGCAUUGUUGGGAGGGCGUUUAGUAGAGGAUUCCCCGAAGGAACUCAUGUGGUUGAGAGGAGCAGCAAUGGAAGCUGCACAAGCAUGUCCCGGGACGACAUAAACAAACUUCCUUGCUAUGAUUACAUAGCCGAAGAUGUGACAAGUAGCCCUGUGGAUUGUGCAGUUUGCUUGGAGAAUUUCAAGAUGGGUGAAAAGUGCAGGUUGUUGCCGAUAUGCAAGCACAGUUUCCAUGCCCAGUGCGUGGACGCAUGGCUUAUGAAAACGCCCAUCUGUCCAAUUUGUAGAACCUGUGCUGACUCUUGGAAGGGCGGUUCUGUUUCAGGUGAAGAAAGUAGAUGUUUCAGCGAUCUCAGUAUUGAGUUGAGAGGGAGCCAAACAACAGGAAGUAGUCACCUCAGUGAUAUUAGGAUUGAGUUAAGCGAGAGCCUGAGAAUAGAAAGUGACCGUCAUAGUGACAUUGGCACAGAAAUACUCGGAGAAAACAAGACAGUGGGAAGCAGCCAGUUGGAUAAUGCUGGGACUGAAUCAGGAGAGAACCAAGCUGCAAAUAUAGGCCGUGGCUAAAGAUGAACCGUAAAGGUGAAUGAAUGGAAGGAAGGAGGAGGUGGAAUUGGGGAGAAGAGAAGAGAAGAGAAGAAAAGAAAGAGAUCAACCUUCUUCCCGUUCGUGUUCCUCCUU